UGUUUGGUUUUCCGGGUCUCUGGAGGACAGCGCACAGAACCUACACGGGUUACCGCCGACUGGCGCAACAUUUGCCCAAAUCAGUGUUAAAGGAACUGUUGUUGGGUUUUAUGGCUCUCUAUGACUCUUUUCCCUCUGCGUCGCCGUUCAGCGCUUCUGUGCGAACAGCACAGGCGGCACGUGCGCACUUUUUCACAUAGCGCGCGUGUCUGGCAGUUAGCGUCAGUUGACAAGUGCGCGCGGAGAGUUUUGGAGCGCGCCGGCGCCAGCGCUGCCCUCCUUUGAAGUUAACAUUUGUUUGUCCUUUCGCGGGACCUCUACGGUGCGCAAGGUGUUUGUCUUUGAUAUUCGGCGCGCAUCUAUUUUCUUUGCGCCUUUCAAUAAGAGCCGCUUUAUCCACUGAGUAAACUGCAGCGACAGAGCCUGAGAGCGCGCAGCUCAGCCCGGGUUUCAGCGGCACUACAUCUCUUUACUGGGCCACUGGACCCGUCUCAUAAAAUGAGGCCAAACUCUGUUAUUUUCAUUUUAUUUGGUCUUGGGCUGCUGCGCAGCAGCGGCUCGUAGCGCCGCUGGGUACACCGCGCGUCUCAUCUCUCUUUACAUGCUUUUAUUUGGAAGAGGAAAAAUAAGCGCCAGCCCCGGCAUAAAUACACUGGCAGACAUAUCUCGUUUCUGCGAGCUCCGGUUGGCUGGACACAUCCACAUGGACGCGCCUGUCAGAGAGAAUCAGGGCGGGCGCAAAGCGGUGACGUGGAGGUGUGGAGAGAGGCGCAGUUGGGUGGGCAGAGCGCAGGCAACAGCUGAAAUGAGCAGAGGGCGCUGGAGUGUGUGUAAGCCUCUGGAUCUAAUAUCACCUACCUGUCCUUGUCACUCUGAUAGUCAGCCAAGGUAGCCGCAGUUUUCCACCGAUGCUGUGACAAAACUCAAUGGCCGGUUUUAAAGCGUCCUCCAGUUUAAACAGAAGGAGGGCUUCACCCCAGCAAGAGGAACCGAGCUGCUGUGCGCUUUUUGGACUGCUGAACAUAUCCCGGAGUUGGACUUUCCGCUCUGCCUGUGUGUGCUAGAAGCCUGUGAGACCUUUCACCGAUGAGCUCUAUGAGGGAUCCAUUAAAUAUAGACCACCACCUCACGGGGAAUAAACUCGCCUCCACGCACCACACGGCUUUGGCGAUGGCUUCUAGUUUGCAGCCGCUGCAGCGCUCCGUGGACUCUAAGCACCGGUUAGAGGUGCACACCGUGUCGGACACGUCGAGCCCGGAGUCCGUGGAAAAAGAAAAGAUACAAAAUAAAAACGACGACUCCUCGGACGACCCGUCCAAAAAGAAGAGGCAGCGGCGGCAGAGGACUCAUUUCACCAGCCAGCAGCUGCAGGAGCUGGAGGCCACCUUCCAGAGGAACCGCUACCCGGACAUGAGCACCAGGGAGGAGAUAGCCGUGUGGACCAACCUCACGGAGGCCAGAGUCCGGGUCUGGUUCAAGAACCGACGAGCCAAGUGGAGGAAACGGGAGAGAAACCAGCAAGCUGAGCUGUGCAAGAACGGCUUCGGCCCGCAGUUCAAUGGACUCAUGCAGCCCUACGACGACAUGUACCCCAGCUACACGUACAACAACUGGGCCGCCAAGGGCCUCACGUCCGCCUCCCUGUCCACAAAAAGCUUCCCCUUCUUCAACUCCAUGAACGUCAACCCUUUAUCCUCGCAGACCAUGUUCUCGCCGCCCAACUCCAUCUCCUCCAUGACCUCCAGCAUGGUGCCGUCCGCGGUGACCGGCGUGCCGGGAUCCAGCCUCAACAGCCUCAAUAACUUGAACAACCUCAGUAACCCUUCCCUCAACUCGGGGGUGCCCACGCCGGCGUGUCCCUACGCGCCGCCGACCCCUCCCUACGUGUACAGAGACACUUGUAACUCCAGCCUGGCCAGCCUGAGACUGAAAGCCAAGCAGCACUCGAGUUUUGGAUACGCCGGGGUGCAGAAUCCAGCCACCAACCUGAGCGCUUGCCAGUACGCCGUGGACAGGCCGGUCUAAUUGCUACCUGCACUGCAAAAAAUCCCCACCGCUGUUAGAGGAUGAAGCGACGCUUAAAGCAUUUUUUUAAAUCCUACAAAAGAUCAUUUUGAACUGUUUGAAGUGUUAAAGGAAAUUUAUUGCUCGGCUGGUAACCCAUUUCCCCCCAAGACUGCCAUUCGAGACACUUUUCCAUCAAAUGAUAAGAAAAAUGUGAUUAAAUCCCCUCCUAUUGGCACAUUGACUUUCAUUCAUCUUUACGCAGGGAAUUCUAAGUUAGAGGGUUACGUUUGUGACGGUGGUUAUUUUUUGCAGUGUGCGGACAAUUAAAAGCAGCCGUCCACAGGAACAAGAGACUACUACAGCUACUUUUCUCAUUUUUAUUUGAUUUUUUUUUUUUUUUUUUUUUUUUUUUUUGAAAAAAGGGCACUAGAAGACUGAACCACUGAAACAAACUCAGCUCCUCCUCGGAGGGAGUCAAACUGAACCGGGAGUUUCUUCCUCUCUGAUGAGCGCCGGCCUCGUUCAGUUAAAAUAAAAACAUUAAAAAAAUAAAGGCCUGCUUCACUUUUCACAGCUCGUCAUGAGGGCUUUUUUUUUCUCCUGGUGGAUUCUGGACGUUAACUGUUGACUGAAAAGGUUCGUGUAAAUAUAUUUGAGUGAUCAUCUCCUGUGUGUUGAAGCGGCUGCGCUCCAACACCGCGACUCCUCUCCAGGUUCCAACUUAUCGACGCAUGUGGAUAAAAAAUAAGAAAAAAAAAUAAAUACAAGUCCUAAAAAAAAAAGGAACCAUGUUUUGCUUGCAAACAAAAAGGGAAUGUACAUACUAAAACGCACCGGUUGUGUGUUUCGAACAUAUUAUAAAUUUAUUAUUAAUGUCUGUGUGAAUAUCGAUUUAGAAUAGCAAUUCUGGAUUAAAAAAAAUAACAAUAAUAAGCAUCCAAAAAUGUUCCUGCGACAAAUGAUUUGGGUUUUUUUUUUUUUUUUUUUUGCUCUGUGUAUACUAUUUGGUACGGAAUUAUGUUGUUUUUUUUCCGAAACAUCCCAAAAAAAUAUUGUGUUUUAUUUAAUGGAAGUAAAUAUAUUGUUCCAAAAACAA